AAAGAAUCCGGAUCAGCCUUUGUAUUGAAGGAGUUUGUAUAGAGCUAAUGGAAAUCACAGAGUAACAGAGUCAAAGAUGGGAUCAUUGAGAGAAUUAGGAUUUUUCAUUUGGCUCGCUCUGGUUCAGAUUAAAAACACACAGACACAAGAAUGCAGCAUCAUUACAUCCAUCUCUUCCCCGUCGGCUUCAUCACUGGUUGUGCAAUGGACCAGCUACAUAGGAGCCACCAACUACAUCCUGGACCUGCGUGUGGUGAACAUGAGCAGUGUUGCACCUGUUGUGGUCACAGUUUCAGCCUCAACUACACAGAAAGAAGUCUUCGGCCUGAAACCGGGGACUCUGUACACCGUUGUGGUCAAAGUAUUCCGCUUUUACAGUGUUGGGUGUUCGGAUACAAGAAUAGCCAGGACAGUCCCAGACACGUCUCAGAUAAUCUCAGCACGGGCAAUAUCGAGUACCGCCAUCACAUUAGAGUGGGAUCGGGUAUACUCUACAGAUCAAUACUUCAUCUUGGUGAACUCCUCAAUAACUGGAGAGCGCUAUAAUCUCUCCUUUACAAACACCAGCACAAUCAUUUAUAACCUGCGACCCACCACUACAUACGACUGCUUUGUUUACACCUCCAACUCGGCCGGUCUGGGUGCGAGAAGCCGAGUGCGCACCGUCACCACACUGGUUCAGCCACCAGCGGUGGUCACAGUGGUGCCCCUCUCAAACCAUGCAGUGCGUGUCAUGUGGUACUCUGUGGACAGGGUUCUCCUGUAUAAGAUAUCAGUCAUAGAUGUCAAUGGCACCCAGAUAUUGAGCAUGACGAUUUCUUCAACCUUCCAAGACGUGCAAAAUUUGUUGCCGUGCAACCUGUACCUGAUAUCUGUCUCUUCUCUGAACACAUUUCUGGAUCCUGGAGAACCAAAGCAAGUCAACUACUCUGCAAACAAUCUAAGUUCCGUGACAUUGGUUACGGCAGAUUACAGCUGUGUGAGUGCAUCUGCUGGGGUAUCCUGGGGGGCUGUGUUUGGUGCUGAGUCUUACCGUGCAAUAGCAGUUGAUCAGAGUGGUAGGACAGUGUCCUGCACCUCUACGAGCACAACAUGCCAGCUAUCCAAUUUGGGUUGUGGCAGGGACUAUGUGGUUCAAGUCAGUGCAAUGGCCAAUAACUGUGAAAGCAGAAGCAGUGUCAUGGCCUUCUUCCAGACAGUACCGUGCGCACCGGCUGAUCUGAAUCUGUACCGUGAAUGCAGCAGCAACGUAAUCAUCUUUUCAUGGGCACCAACAAACAACACGGCAUUCUACAGGGCACAAUUUCAGGACUCUUCUGGGGGGUCACAAGCUUGCAUAACUACAGACAAUUCUUGCUUCUUUACGAACACUGUGUGUGGGAAAAGUUACAAGUUUACUGUCUUUGGUGUGAAUGGGGAGUGCAAUGGUCCAGUCAGCAAGGCAGUGAGCAUCCAAACAGCACCAUGCAAACCCUCUAACUUGAUCACUGUGUCAGAUUGUAAAACGGAUAUUUUGACAAGUUAUUGGGAUGCAGCAAAUGGAUCGACACAGUACAUUGUGGAAGGCAAAGGAACUCGUGGAAAUGCCAGCCAUAUUAGUUACUACAGCUGUAUCUCAAAUACUAGCAGUUGUACCAUUCCUGGUGUUGCAUGUGGAGAAAGUCUAACUAUGAUGAUCACUGCAUUUAAUGAUAAUUGUUACAGCGAGAUAGUACUGGGUCAGGAGACUAAUACCGCUCCCUGUGUGCCCCAGAACCUCCUGCCCAUUACUGACUGCAGUUCAGACUCCAUCACUCUCACGUGGAACUCGGCUAAUGGAGCAUUGUUCUACAUUGCCUCGGUAACAGACUCUUCUGGUGGGAGUUUCACCUGUAGCACGAUGGAGCUAAACUGCCAAGUCACAGGUCUGAACUGUGGAACAACAUACAAUGCCUCCAUCAUCUCCUCCAACUACAAGUGCAACAGUUCUGUCAGUAACAGAAUCACUGUGGAAACAGCCCCAUGUCCACCACCACAGGUGCAGACCACUCUAGACUGUGAUGAGAACCGAGCACUAGUGAGCUGGCAGAGUUCACGCUUUUCUGGUUCCUACACAGCUAGCGUUGUUGACUUGAGCGGAGGCCUGCUGAGCUGCAGCACUGUGAACAGCAGCUGCUGGAUUCCUAGCCUCAAAUGUGGCCAGGUCUAUGAUGUCAGCGUCACCUACCACAACGGCACCUGCCGUAGCAGGCCUUCGACACCAAUCCGCAUGAACUCAGUUCCAUGUGGGCCAGGGAAUUUUCAUACCUCAGUCAAUUGUAGCUCAGGUGUUCUUCAGUUGACCUGGGACCAGACAUAUGGUGCUAAUGGAUACUCUGCCAGUUUGAUCUCUGUCAGCAGUGGGAGACAGCAUUUCUGUAACUCAACCUAUCCCAGUUGUAGCCACAGCACUCUAACAUGUGGUGACUCAUAUGUGGCACGGGUCCGAUCUUACAAUGGCACUUGCUUCAGCAUGCUCAGUCAGCCCAUGACCAUUAAAGAAGUGCCAUGUGUGCCCACCAACGUGACAGUUGCGAGCACCUGUAGUAACCAAACCACAGUGAUGUGGCAAGCCAGCCUUGGUGCUCAGUCUUACAGGGUCAUCGCUGUGGGCAACAAAGGUCACCAGACAACAUGCUCAUCCAAUAGCACCACUUGCAGCCUGACCGAUCUGCGCUGUGGCCAAGUGUACAAUGUCAGUGUGGUGGCCAAUGAUGACACUUGCUCCAGCCCCCAGAGCCAAAGUGUUACAUUGCAGACAGGUCCUUGUGCACCCUUUAACAUUCGCAGUACAAUUGUGUGCAUCAGUAAUGAUGUAACUUUGACCUGGGACUCGAGCUCCAGCAGUGUGUCCUACACAGGGAAGGCUGUAGGAUCAGAUGGCCACAUAGUGUGGUGUAACAGCACCUCUGCAGGUUGUCAGUUUACGCGCCUGCACUGUGGCCAGGAUUAUACCAUCAGAUUGACUGCCAGAGAUGGAGUGUGCUGGAGCCCAGAGAGUGACAUCUACAUACAGCCCACUGCUCCCUGUGCCCCGGCAACUGUUUCAAAAUUCCUGCACUGUGAUACCAACAUGCUGAGUGUGACCUGGACCCCAAGCCCCAGGGCUCUGAGCUACAGUGCCCUUGUCCGACCUGUAAAUGGACCACUGCGUGGCUGCAACUCACCUGACACAAGCUGUGAUGUCCCAGGGUUACAAUGUGGCAUGAGCUACACACUCACUGUCAUGGCUGCUAACAGAGUGUGUACUGGACCAGAGAGCCCAAGUCAGUUCUUCCAGACAGCUCCAUGCCUGCCUGGCUAUGUGUCUACAAGCGUGAUUUGUGUCAUUAAUACAGUGCAGGCCUCUUGGACUCAGGCGGUUGGUGCACUGUCCUACACUAGUGUCCUAACUGGCCCAAGUGGCUCAACUCGUUCCUGCUCCACCUCUGCCCUUUCCUGUGACUUCACUGGCCUGACCUGCGCUCAGACUUACAGACUCCAAGUCUUCCCAAACAACAACAUCUGCAACAGCACUGCCACCACAGCCAUCACUGUUACUACAGGACCUUGUGACCCAUCUAACGUGGUUGCUCAGGUUCAUUGUGGCUCAGAUGCUGCUACUGUAUCAUGGCAAGCAAGCGCUGGUGCCACUACAUACACCAUCCAAGCCUACACACAGAGCCAGACAGUUCCCUCUGCUUCUUGCAUCUCUUCCAACACAACCUGCACAAUCAAACAGCUGCAAUGUGGAACAGUGUUUAAUGUGAGCGUGGUUGCUAAUGAUGGCACCUGCAACAGCAGCCCAUGGGUGGGGACAACAGUGAAAACAGCCCCCUGCCCUCCUGUGCUGCAGAUUUUUCCUCGCAGCUGUAUCAGCGAUCAAGUUGUGGUCUCGUGGACCAGGGUGCAGGAUGCUCUGAGUGUUACUGUAAAUGGCACCUCAACACUCGGCCAUUCAUUAGGCUGCAGCUCUGUUAAUAACAGCUGCACCUUGCAGGGACUGUGGUGUGGACAGAGGUACACAGUGCAAGGUAUCUCCUAUAGCCAGUGGUGUAACAGCACUCCUAGUGUUCCUCUCAGCAUUGUUACAGAUCCGUGCACUCCUGCAGCAGUGCUUGUUAACUACAGUUGUGGAACGAGCAUGGCUGUGUUAAGCUGGAAUGAAAGCCUGGGUCGGGAGAGCUUCAAUGCCCGUGUUCAAACUCAGGACCACUCAGACUCUUGCACCAGCAACCAGACACGUUGCUCAUUUUCUUCUCUGCUCUGUGGAAGAUUGUACAAUGUCAGUGUGGGGGCUAUGGCAGGACAAUGCAACAGUACCAAUGUCGCCAGGACCCAAUUGCAAACUGCACCAUGUGCUCCUCAGAAUGUGUCUGUCAGUCUGCAGUGUGCAAAUAAUACAGCAUUAGUAACCUGGACACUCAGUCCUGGUGCCAUAGGAUAUGACGUCACUGCCCUGGGACGUGAUGGCGAUGUCAAAUACUGUCGCACCUCAAAUAACUACUGCCAAAUACCCAACAUGCACUGCUCACAGACUUACAACUUUGUGGUCACUCCAUUUUCGGACACGUGCAAUGGCUACCCAAGUAGUGCUUCCACCUUCACUGCAGGUCCAUGUCCACCCACUAGAGUCCAGGCAACCCUGCUCUGUCGAAAUAAUGUUGGCUCUGUCAGCUGGUCUGCUGCUCUCAAUGCUGAGAGCUACAUUGCUACAGCCAUAAGCUUAGAUGGAUUCAGACACAACUGCACCACAAACGGAACGAGCUGCUCCUUCCUGGACCUCCAAUGUGGAAAGGACUACAGUAUCACAGUCGUUACUAUACAGCGUGGCUGCAGGAGUGACCCAAGCCUACCUGUGCUACUGAGAUCAGCUAUCUGCCCCCCUGUCAACAUGGCCGGAGUUACUCAGUGUGGCACCAAUGACAUCAUCAUCACAUGGGACCCCAGCCCUUGGCCAGACGUCACAUACUUCUUGUUCUCUCAGCAGGACAGCACAACAAAUUCCACUUUUAACACCACAGCAACAUCUAUCAUAUUAAACCAUCUCCAGUGUGGUUGGCUCUUCACAGUAUGGGUGGCAGCACAGGAUAACACCUGCAUCAGCCAGUACAGUGCACCAGUGCAAAUUCACACAGCUCCAUGCUCACCUUCUGGGCUGGCAGCCACUGCUAGUUGUGGCACAAACCUGGGUAAUCUCACUUGGUAUGGUGGUGUCGGUGCCCUCUUUUACACCGCUACUCUUGUGAGCAAUGAUGGUGGUUUCAUCUCUUGUACAUCCAACACUACUUUCUGUGUGGUAAAGCUGGAUUGUGAACGCACAUACACAGCUACUGUAAUCUCUUCCACUGGGUUCUGCAACAGCACUGCAAACAGCACCUUCCAAUUUUCCUCAGCACCAUGUCUGAUAAGUAAUGUUCAAACUCAGCUUAACUGCAGUGCCAAUACAUUGGCUGUGCAGUGGGCUGCUACUGGAAACAAAACAUACACUGCGUUGGCUAUAGGCACUGAUGGCACACGUCCAUCCUGUAACACCAGCAGCUCUUCCUGUACCAUCCAGGGCUUAAGAUGUGGACGCAGUUAUGGCAUUGCUGUGACAACCUCCAACAUUCACUGUACCAUCCAGGGUUCUGAUCUCCAAGUACAGACAGCCCCCUGUAAACCAGAGAACCUGUCAGUUUCUCUAGCGUGCAAUACCAGCAUUGCCACAGUAUGGUGGAACACCACCGGAGUGGACCAGUCAUACAGAGUGUUGGCAGUGAAUAACGCAGGUGGAGUGGUGAACUGUAGCACCGGAGCAUCAUCCUGCACUUUUAACCAGUUUCACUGUGGAGAGAUAUAUACAGUCACUGUUAUUGGGGUUACGCAACAGUGUACCAGCCAGCCUAGCACCUCUGUGGAUCUCAUCACAGCUCCUUGCAUCCCUACCCAUGUCACAGCAAUCUACGAUUGUGACACUUCAAUUACAUCAGUAAUGUGGGACAUUGCCCGUGGAGCUGACAGUUAUGUGGUGUAUGCAGUGAGUAGUCAAGGAUACAAGUCCAACUUCAGCAACAUAGACACCACAUUUGAUUUUCAAGAUCUCCGCUGUGGUCAAGACUACAAUAUCACAGUUGUUGCAGAGAAUGGUGGUUGCAGGUCUCAGCCCAGCAAACCCUUCACCGUGUCUACAGGGCCAUGUCCUCACUCAAGUCCUCGUGUAUUGUUGGACUGCAGUAGUAACUCUGCUUUAGUUUCAUGGCUUCCUGGUUAUGGCAUUCUAUAUUACAAUGCCUCUGCUGAUGCCCUGGAUGUGGGUGACCAUGUGACUUGCAGCACAACUGGAGUUUCCUGUAACAUAACUCGCCUGCAAUGUGCCCAGACCUAUCAGAUCAGUGUCACUGGUCAGGGGUACACCUGCUCUAGCCCUUCCCAGGGGUGGGUGUCCACUACCUCAGGCCCAUGUCCCCCAAAUCAGGUGUCUGCCCAGGUUCCUUGUGAGUCAAAUGUUAUGUCCGUCUCCUGGCAGAUCUCUCAGGGUUCUAACUCUUACCUGGCUGUUGCUCAGAGCAACAGGGGACAAAGAUUCAAUUGCAGCAGCAAUGGAACAACCUGUAACAUUCCUGGACUCGAGUGUGGACAGACAUAUGAGGUUUAUGUGUCAGGAGUUGUUGGAACGUGUAUAGGACCGAAGAGCCAGAGCCAGAUUGUCAAAACCGCUCCCUGCGUGCCUCAGAAUGUCCAGGCAAUACUGGCAUGUCAAUCAACAGUGCUUAACGUCACCUGGCAGCAGAGUGGUGAAGCCACCCAGUACAGAGCCAUGGUGGAGGCUAGUGCUGGUCAAGUGAUUUACACUGUUACAGAUAAGCUCUUCUUCACAGUUUCCAACAUCCUCUGCGGCGUGACCUACAAUGUGACAGUGUUAGCCCAGAAUGAUAAGUGCAACAGCAGCCACAGUUCUGUACGAAGUGCCAUCUCAGCUCCAUGUCCUCCUCAGGCCAUCAGCACAAAUAUAAUUUGCAGUUCCAACACUAUCUCAGUGAACUGGACCUCCAGUAUAGCCGGUGUCAGCUACCUGGUGCAGGCUAUCACUUUAAAUGGCUAUUACACCUGCAACAGCACAACCACGUCCUGCAGCAUCAAUGUGCCAUGUGGUAGAACCUACAACAUUUCCGUAAUACCGAGUCAAAAUGGCUGCAAUGGAGUCAGUUCACCUUAUAAAAUUAUUCAAGCAGCUCCCUGCGUCCCCACUUUGACGAGUGUGGAGAUGGACUGUCUGUCCAACUUAGCCUGGGUGGUGUGGAACACAUCAGCUGGGGCAGAGUCUUACACUGUUCUAGCAAUGGACAAUUACAGACAGCGCUUUCAGUGCAAGUCCAAUGACAGCAUGUGUGCUGUCUCUGGGUUACAGUGUGGGAAGAAUUACAGUUUCAGCCUCACAGCCACCAAUGCAUGGUGCAGCAGUAGAGACAGCAACACCAUACAGUCUGAGACAGUACCAUGUGCCCCUGAGGGUGUGAAUGUGUCAGUGGGUUGUGCCAUGGGGACAGUCAGUGUUCAGUGGUUGCCCAGUGUUGGAGCUCUUACAUACACAGCCACACUUGAGCCAUUUGAGGGUGCAGCUUCCUGCUGCUCUACUCUGAAUGGUAGCACUUCCUGUGAGGUCACAUCCCUUCCCUGUGGUCAGUCAUACAUGGUGACUGUCACUGCAGCAGGACGAACCUGUAAUAGUUCUCAGAGUACAGCCAUAAUGGUACAGACAGCACCAUGCCAGCCACCAGGCCUCAAUGCCACUGUGAGCUGCACUGAUAAUGUGGCGAGGGUGAGGUGGACAAGCAGUGCAGGUGGUCAGCUCUAUACAGUAAAUGCUGUAAGCAUGAAUGGAACAGUCACAGACCGCUGCAAUGGCUUUGAUGGAACUUGCGACCUCAGAAGUCUGGUGUGUGGCCUGCAGUACACAGCCACAGUGGUGGCACAACACAGCUCUUGCACUAGCUUGCCAAGUCCCCCGACGCGCUUCAAGACAGUACCAUGUGUUCCACAAAACAUCAUCCUGGACUUGGACUGCCAAGCCCGCAACCUGACAGUGUCCUGGAACAAGAGCUCGGGGGCACAAUUUUACACAGCCAUGGUGAUGGACAGUGGGGGGCGCUCCACUAACUGCCAGAGCCUUUCUGAACGCUGCAGCAUUAGUGGUCUAGCCUGUGGAAACAUCUACCAUGCAAGUGUGGUCGCCUCUGAUUUGUCCUGCAGUAGCCAGCCCAGCAACAUCAAAAACACAGACUCAGUUCCAUGUCCUCCCUAUAACAUCUUGGCUCAGAUGGACAUUCUGACCGGCACGGCUAUACUCUCAUGGUCGUUGAGUGCUGGUGCAUUGAGGUACAAGGCCAUCGCUGUGAGUGGCUUCUCAGGAACCAGCGUCUCCUGCAACUCUAAUCAGACAAACUGCAACCUGAACAAUUUGUUAUGUGGAGACAAGUACAAUGUCACAGUCCAGGCCAUGGGAAGCAUUUGCAAUAGCUCCGCUUCCAUGGCUCGAUACCUUCAGACAGGGCCAUGCGUUCCAGUGCUGGUGAGUGUGACCUACACGCCACCUGUCGCUCUGCUCCUGUGGGACAUGACCCGAGGUGCUGAUAACUACACUGCUCAGGCUGUGUCGAAGCAGGGCUUACAGUCGUCCUGCUUGACCCGUGACACCUCAUGUGUGCUCUACAGACUGAACUGCAGUCAGAUCUACAACAUCACUUUGACCGCCUACAGCAAUAUCUACCAGGAUGGGGUCUCAUCCAACACACUUACACUCAACACAGAGCCAUGUCCUCCUACCAUUCUGGCAACCCGAGCAACGCGUAACCAAGGGCAGGUGACAUGGGAGCCAAGUGUCGGGGCAGUGAGAUACAUGGUCGUGCUGGAGGGACACCAAGGGGACACACUUUACUGCCAGACCACAGAGACAUCAUGCACUGUGCAAGGAGUCCUGUGUGGGACAGUUUAUGUUGCCCGUGCAAUAGCCAUUGGCACCAGUCUCAACAGCUCAUACAGUGUAGGGGCUUUGGUCACUACAGUCCCCUGCCUACCAGACCCAACCAGCUUUGUCGUAGCAGUUCAGUGUGCAAAUGAUUCGGCAUCUGUGACCUGGGCAUGGAGUGAAGGAGCAACAUCCUAUGAACUUACCGCUACUAGCUACAAUGGGGCCCAAUUAAAAUGUGUCACAGCACAGAACAGCUGUAACAUUACAUACCUGGAGUGUGGACAGACGUACAGUCUCAGCCUGACAGCCAUCAACAGUGCGGGUGCUGUUAGCCUGGAAACUGGCAUCACCUUCCAAAGCCGACCCUGUGUGCCCCAGUAUGUGGGUGCAAACCUACAGUGUGGUACUCGCACGGCCGUACUGACCUGGGAACAGAGGCCAGGAGUCAUGUACUACCUGGGCAGUGCCACUUACACAGCUGGAGUAGCUGCUGUAGUGUGUAACUCGAGUUCAGACAGCUGCAGCUUCAGUGGACUGCAGUGUGGAGUGCAGUACUCCCUGCGUGUUAGAGCCUAUACCAGACAGUGCUCAAGUGAUUUCAGCACACCUGUCAAUAUUACUACAGAACCCUGCCAGGCACAAAACCUCACCGUGACUGGGUCAUGCACCAGCAAUACACUCCAGCUGAACUGGUCGAAUGCCACGGGUGCACUCCGUUACACCAUCUCAGUCACAGGAAACCUUGGCUACACAAGUGCCUUCCAGAGCUCCAUGAACAGAGUGCAGGUGGAGGUUUCCUGUGGCCAGAGCUACAGUUUUAGAGUGUUGGGGCAGAAUGAUCAGUGUCAGAGCCUCACAAGCGCCACCGCCAAGUUUUCAACUGCCCCAUGUGUACCAACUGGUAUGAACACCUUCAUUCAAUGUGAGAACAAUAUUGCCUCUGUCAGCUGGACCGGCAGUGAUGGUGCAGUAACUUAUACUGCAGUUGCUUGGGGACAGACAUUAGGUGGCACCCACAUUUGCACCACCAAUACAACAGUAUGUACCUGGACUGACCUGUUGUGUGGAGAGACCUAUAUAGCACGAGUCUUCGCAAGUGACCUACAGUGCAGCAGUAUCCCUAGUGACAACACCACAAUCUACAUGGCACCAUGUAUAACUCAGACUUUAAACACCACUAUGGACUGUGGCCUGAGGGUUGCAUCUGUGACCUGGAGAUCCAGCCGAGCUGCUCAGUCAUACCUGGUGACUGCUGAAAACAAUAUUGGCCAACAGGUGGGGCAAACCACCAACACUACCAUCGCUUAUUUCUCAGAUCUCCAGUGUGGACAGCAGUACUAUUUCAAGGUGUCAAGUGUGGGGCAAGUGUGCAGGAGCAGUCCAAGCAACACUUCCAUCCUGCAGACAGAUCCGUGUCCCCCCACUGCUGUCUCUACUUCUGUGGACUGUCUUUCCAACAUCAUUACAGUGACCUGGGGCUUAUCAAACACAGCUGAUCAUUAUAUGGCCAGCAUGGUGGGCCCAGAUGGCACAGUCACAAUAUGCAUGUCAUCAACAACAAGCUGUGGCACUGCAACACUGCAGUGUGGACAGAAAUACAAUGUCAGUGUAACUGCAUCCCGUCUCCUGUGCAAUUCAAAACCCAGUGGGCAGACAUCCUUCAACACAGCUCCAUGUGUCCCAAUGGGUGUCUCCGUGGUGAUGGACUGCACCAAAAAUGAAGCACGCGUGUCAUGGAAUGCCAGCCAGGGUGCAACGAACUACCUUGUCUUUGCUACAAGCAGAUCUAGUGACUAUGUUUCAUGUAAUAGCUCUGGUGCCAACACAUACUGCACUCUGAAGACCCUCACCUGCGGGGCAGUAUACUCAGUGCAGGUGGUGGCCGUUGGGAAUGAGUGCUCGAGUUUACCAAGUCUGGCAGUGGACUUCCGUUCAGCUCCCUGCAGACCUGAUAUUGUCUUCGUGCAACUGAACUGUAACUCCAGCUCUUUCUCACUGAACUGGACUUCUGUCAAUGGUGCAGUCUAUUACACUGCUGUUGCCAGAGCUUCAGUUGGUCAAAACUCAUCCUGUACAACAAACUCUAGCAGCUGUGAUCUGAGGCAACUGGCAUGUGGGCAGAUAUACAACAUAACCGUGACAGCAUCAAACAGUCAAUGCAGCAGCAAUCAGAGCACUGCCGUACAGGUUGCGUCAGCACCCUGUCCUCUUGCACGUAUUAUUUCCAGCAUUAACUGCCAAGCUAACUCUGCACUGGUACAAUGGGAUCCUAAUGGCGGGGCCGAGUCCUAUGAAGUCCAGGCUCUUGGUACCAGAGGGUACAUGACAGGAUGUAACACCACUGGAACCUUCUGCAAUGUGUACAACCUACUGUGCAGUGACGUGUACACCAUUAGCGUGGCUGCAAUUAAUAACAAAUGCAGCGUGAGAGGAUAUCCAGUCCUACAGCUGCAUUCAGUGCCAUGUGUCCCUGUCCCCCUGAACCCUACUUUGAACUGUACAUCUGGUGCCAUCACUGUGAGCUGGCAGCCCAGCAGUGGAGCCACUUCCUACAGAGCACUUGCUCAGGGAAGUGGAGGUUAUCCAUCAUCAUGCAACAGUAACAGUACCACCUGUGUGUUCACGGGGCUGCUGUGUGGACUGAACUACAACUUCACUGUCUCAGCUUCUGACAGCAUAUGCACCAGCAUAUACAGCAGCAGUGUUCAGCUAAACACAGUUCCAUGUAAACCACAGAGACUCAGUGCCCUCAUGGACUGCUGGACCAGUACAGGACUUGUGUCAUGGGAAGCAGGACAGGGCGUUUUGUCCUACCUGGUACAAGCAGUGGGAGCUAACGGAAACCAGGUGCAAUGUAGCACCACUAACACAAGCUGUUCCUUACCCAAUUUGAACUGUGGCCAACUCUACACCCUCACUUCUGUUGGCCAGGAUGGCCACUGUAACAGCAGCGCUGCUCAAGUCAAUCUCCAGUCAGUCCCCUGUGUGCCCACCAGUGUGCAGGCCUCCCUGAUCUGCAGCUCUAACUCAGCAGCAGUAACAUGGUUGGCAUCCAGUGGAGCCCUAAGAUAUUGGGCUGAUGCUGUAAAUAUCAACAGGUCUCACACCAUCUCCUGUAACUCCAGCCUACCCUCCUGCACCAUUGGCCAGUUGCUCUGUGGAACGUCCUACAGCAUCACUGUGGUCGCUCUGGAUGACACAUGUAGCAGUGGCAAGAGUGUUGUGACUCAAUUGCGCUCGGCUCCCUGUACUCCCCAAAAUGUGCAAAUUCAGAUGAACUGUACAGCCAGUGCCAUGACCGUAACCUGGGCAGCCAAUCCAGAUGCAGAAUACUUCAUUGUGGAGGCAGUGGGCAGCAACAUCAGCCUGUCUUGUAACACAACGGGCACAAGCUGCACAAUCAGAGACCUGGUUUGUGGUUUGUCCUUGUCUGUGACAGUGAGGACAGUUCGGGGCAGCUGUCAGAGUGUACCCAGUGCAGCUAAACCUGUUUCAACAGCUCCAUGUAUACCUCAGGGUCUGAGCGGCAACCUUGACUGCGUGACCAACUCGGUCUGGGUGUCAUGGCAAAGAACGGCUGGUGCAGAGUCUUACCAGGUGUUAGCAGUAUCAGGGGGCGGGGCCAGUUCCAACUGCAGCACCUCUGACCUUUUCUGUAAUGUCCCCAGCCUACUGUGUGGCACACAGUACACCUUCCAAGUUACUGCCAUCAACUCCUGGUGUGCUAGUGGACAAUACAACAGCUCCUUCAAUAUUGAGACAGGGCCCUGCUCUCUGAAGGGCAUUAGCGCUGUGACGGAGUGCCGCAGCAGCUCUAUAAGAGUCAGCUGGCUCACCCAGUCAAGCUCAUCCAUCCUUGUUGUCACAGCAGAGGGGCAGGACCUCAGUUUCCUGGAGUGUAACAGCACCAGUACUUCCUGUGUGCUUAAUGGUGCUCGCUGUGGCAUGAAGUAUGCCAUUAUAGUCUCUACCAGCUCGGAUAAAUGCAACAGUCUUCGAAGUCCUCCAUAUUACCUUCAGACAGCCCCGUGUGCUCCUCAGGCACUGAAUGUGACACCACAGUGUGACACACAGGGUGCAUUGGUGACCUGGGCACCCUCUAACCUUGCUCAGUCCUACUAUCUAACAGCCACUGGGUGGGAUGGCGAUGUCCAGAACUGCAGCAGCACCAGAGAGAACUGCACCCUGAAUCGCCUGCACUGUGGACAGCCGUACACACUCAGCCUGAUUGCUUCAGACCAGAACUGCACCAGCCCUGCCAGCCAGGCCCUCACCUUCCGCACAACUCCAUGUGCACCUCUGAGCCUAAACGUGUCUGUGUCAUGUGGAAACAGCUCAGCUGCACUUUCAUGGUCCACCAGCAGGGGCUCGGUGUGGUACUACGCCAUGGCUGUUAAUGCACAAGGGGACAAACAUCAGUGUUUCACAACAAACACUUCCUGUUCCAUGGCAGGGCUUCAGUGUGGGACGACGUAUAACUUCAGCGUGCAGGCCUCAGAUGCAGUAUGCAACAGCUCCAGUAGUUCAAUAGUGCAGAAAGGAAUAGUGCCAUGCCCCCCAGCAUCAGUAAAAAUAGUCACUCACAAUAUGGAAAAUGCCUCUCUGGUAAGAGUGAGCUGGAGCGCUGUGAGCUGCUUGGCUGUCCAGUACCUUGCAAAACUCAGUGGCCAGUUCCUCUAUGGCCCCAUCGCUCUCGUGCAGAUAGCGUCCUACUGGACAGAGCAGACAUAUUUUGAGUUCUUGGUGCCCUGCGACAUCUCCUACUCAGUGGAGGUCAUUCCUGGAAGUGGAACAGGGAAUGGAGCAGCGUCCAGUGCUGUUAAUGGAUCUACAGGUCUCUGCCAAGUGUACAGUUCUAACACCACAGGAUCAGCUUUACGUCGUCGUAGGAGAGACUUACGACAGGCAGAGAUUCUGGCUGGACUAGAGGACGAAGACGUGCUGUCGAUGCCUGAAAUCAAGGUGGUGAAUGUGGAGGGCGUGACUCUACAUGUGGAAUGGGCUCCAGUCACUGGUGCAAGUUAUUACACCCUGAUUGUAAGGGAAGACAAUGAAUCUCAACCCUUCAGUGUAGUACUGACCGUUCAAGGCGAGGUCUCAGAUGUCCCCGACCUUAAACCUGCCACAAGCUACUGCGUUACCGUGUCUGCCAAGAGCUCCACUACCCAGAGCGCCUACUCCACUCCAGUGUGCAUCACCACUGAGGUUCCUAUCUGAAUCACAAGAACGUUCAUAUCUCAGUGGGAAAAGCAACAUGGCUCAUCCUUGCUAUUAGAACAUCUGCUGUAGUGAGCUAUUCAUGAGUAACAUACACAAGGUAGACCAUGAAAAUAUUACUGCCACUGUUUGUUUAGCUACUGUAUUCUGAUAUUGUUAUUGUCAUUAAAGAAUUAAACACCAACAUAUCCCUACACCAGAUAUUUCUAAUGAAGAGUUCUGAUUAUGUUUUUAUUCAAAUUCUUUAAAUUGUCUAGAGAAAAUAUAAGCUUGAGACUGUAAAUUAAAAUAGAUUUUAUUUGAUCAAUGUCCAGCUGAAAUUUAAACAAUUUACAACAAACAUUCAUAUUAUAGGCUGUUUUCUGUAAUAAGAACAUUUCAAUUAAUAAUGUAUGUAUGUAUACUGCAUAUAGAGAGAGCAAAUAAAAUAAUGUUUAUCAAGCAAUAUUUUUAAACUACAUAUUGUAUUGUUUUGUAGAUGCACUAUACAGUACUUAUCGUUAGUACUUCUAAUAAAGUCAGGAAUGAACAAAUAAAGUAAUGUCAAUAUUUACUGUUAUAUAAAAUAGUUCUUUCUCUUUAAUAAGCCAGUCUGUGUUGUAUGUCCAAAGUGUCUUCAUUUAUAACUGAAUUGCAAAGCAAGACAUUCACAUAUACUGCCAUUUUUUUA